AAUAGGUCACAUGUGAAAUUAUUACCUGGUUCUUCUAAUUCCAGUGCUUUCUUCCAUCGAAAAUGGAGUCUGCUCUACAGCUCCCAAUCAUCGACCUCUCCUCUCAAGACCGCAGCUCAACGGCUCUCUCAAUCCGCCAGGCAUGCUUAGAUUACGGAUUCUUUUACUUAGUCAACCAUGGCGUUGAAGACGCAUUGCUCCAGAGAGUGUUCGAAGAAAGCAAGAAGUUCUUCUCUCUUCCUAUUGAGGAGAAGAUGAAACUUGCUCGGAAGGAACAUAGGGGUUAUACCGCUCUUUAUGCCGAGAAACUCGAUCCCACCGCCUCCACUAAUAUAGGUGAUGCAAAGGAGAGCUAUUAUAUUGGCCCUUUGGCAGGCAAUGCAACUGAAAAUGACUUGAAUCAGUGGCCUUCAAGAGAACGAUUGCCUUCUUGGAGAGCUACAAUGGAAACCUUCUAUAGGCAAGCACUCCUUGCUGGAAGACAAGUAAUAUCUUUGAUUGCAUUGGCUUUGAAUCUGGAUGAAAAUUUCUUUGAGAAAAUUGGUGCCUUGGAUAACCCAUCAGCAUAUCUUCGGCUUCUACACUAUCCAGGUGACUUGAGAUCUCUUGAUGAAGAAAUAUUAGGUGCUUCUGCACAUUCAGAUUAUGGGAUGAUCACUCUCCUUGUUACCAAUGGCAUUCCCGGACUUCAGGUAUGCAAGGAAAAGUCUAAUCGUCCACAAGUUUGGGAAGAUGUCGCCCCUAUAGACAAGGCAUUCAUUGUUAAUGUUGGGGACUUGAUGGAAAGGUGGACCAACUGUUUGUUCCGUUCGACUCUACAUCGAGUGAUUCCAGUUGGAGAAGAACGUUAUUCGGUGGCUUUCUUCUUAGAUCCCAAUGAAGAUUGUGUUGUGGAAUGUCUUCAAAGUUGUUGUAGUGAGUCAUCUCCCCCAAGAUAUCCUCCCAUUCGCAGUCUGGACUACUUGAAAGAACGGCUGAGGUUAACAUAUGAAGAUGGAUUUGCUUAGAAAGUUCAAACUUUAUCCAGUGGGAUGCAUUAUCUAGAGUUGUCUCCGUUUCCGUUUUCGGGACAGAUCUAAUAAGAGACCAGGUGCACGUGUCCUCCUCACACGAUGACGGUUUACAUAUGUGAAUGUUGUUUUUUUAAUGUAAAUAAAAAAAUUGUAGUUAUAUUGUAAAUAUAUUUUACCUCGUCUCAAGUAAAUCAAAUUAUAGGAAGAUGCUUUAGUGCCUUGGAACACGAUAGGCUAAACCCCAUCCCCCAGUGUUCAAGUCUCAAAGGUGGCCUUUUUUUUUUUCCUUUUUCCUUUUUCCUUUUUAUUGAUUGUUUAAUUUAUUUUAAUUUCCAA